GAAGUGGAGCUGAAUAAACCUUGAGAAGAGUCUCCUUCAAUCUGCUGUUAGUAACUAACACACACACUCACACACCGAGACUCAAUUACUGCCCAAUUCCCUUCUUUAUCAUUCGUCCCCGACCUCUUUCAUAACCAAAACCGACCAAGGAAAAAAAGAGGCGAGAAGAAGACCGAGCCGAAGUGUUAGUUGAACUAAAAAACCACGCUGGAAAUAAGUAAAGUGUCGAAACUAAAAAAAGGUGUUACAGCAGUGAUGUCAAAGAGCUGAAGACACCUCUAACAAUAUGGAGUCUGGAGAGCGGCUGGUCUCCCCUGCGCCCACCCUGUCUGCUGCUCGCACCUCCUCCCCUGCGGCCUCUUCCUCAUCCUCAUCCUCUUCUUCUUCCUCUUCGUCAUCGCCUGCUCCGCACUCUAAGAGCAGCCUGGCCCCGAGCCCCUCAGCACUGGGAUCCACCCUCAGCGCCUCUGGCCGUCUGUUUGGAGCAGCAGGAGAGCAGCCCUUCAUUGGCUCCACAUUGUCAAGUGCCUUCCCUCUGGUCAACCACCCAGCAUUUGGAGCCCUCUACACUGCCGGAGCAGGCAGGCCGGAGUUUGGAGGCCUGGGCUCUCUAGGCAUGUCAGCUGCUCUGGCUGCCCAUCCCCAACUAGGAGCCCUCUCUGAGUGGUGGCGAGCUGCCGAAGCCCAUGGACGGGGAGCUGCUGCCUUUCUCCCCUCUUUCAUCGGCUUUCCCCCAUUCUUCGCCCCUCACAUUCAGUCCAAUCACAGCGCCAGUCCUGUUCCGAUCAGGAUGCCCGGCAAGAAUAGCCAUGCUGCACCUAAAGGGGUGAAUGGUGCAGUGAAUGGAAGUGGGGCCUGCCCUCCCGUCACACAAUCAGGGAGCUUUUCUGCGAGUCCGGCUCCUGUUCAGGCACCAACCAAGCCAACCAAAAAUUCAGACCCUGCUAAUAGCCAGCGUAGCAGCCCUCAGAACAAUCCCACAGAGAUGGUGGAAAAGACGACUCAGAAACCUAAAGAGAAGAAACCAAGGAAGAAGACAGCUGACACUUCUAUGGUGAGCAAUAGUGAGUCAGGCACAUCAUCAGACAGCUCAAGUGACGGGUCCCUCAGCAGUGAUCUGGAAGACCUAGCAGAGGAUGAUGAAGAUGAUGAUGACGAUGACGAGGACGACGAAGAAGAGGACAAACACAGCGAACUGUCUGACACAGAGAAGCGGACAAAGAAGAAAACAAAGGUUUUGAUACCCAGCACUGGAACUGCAAAGAAUGACAGACCACUCUCUGGGGAUGCCAACAGAAAGAAAGGCACCCAGGCCCAAAAGGUCCCCUCCAAUCCCCCGACCCUCGUGCCCUUACCCUGCUCUGUCUCUCCUCCCGCCUUGUCCCAAACCUCACCGCUGGCUCUUCACAGCUCCAGGUCCCGGACAGAGGGACCACAGCAACACUUUAGUGUGAUCCAGUCCACUGGCCUGGCUGCCAACUCAAAGCCCCUGGCACUCCUCACUCAACCCCGCAGGGAGUCGUCACCGUCUUCCUCCCCCAUAGCGCUCACCACAUCUCCAAAGGCACCGUCCAGCACCACUUCUCCCAAACCUCCCAAGCUGCUGCCCUCCAACUCCCCUCCGCACCUUCCCCUCUCCCUCUGCUCCUCCCCUAAGCCUCUCUCAGUUCCCUCUCCACCCCGCUCGACUCUCCCGAUGUCUACCUCCCCAAAACCUUUUGGUUUGACCUCAUCUUUAACAAGCUCCCAGAAGUCCUCACUGAAGCCACCAAAGCACUCUGUCUCUGGCACCGCCAAAUCCAACAAAAGGAAACUGUUGGAAGCUUCACUAGCGCAGAUCAGUGAGUUCAGGCUGCGACAGACUCUCAUGUCCCAAGGGCAGACGUUCCCAGCUGAGCUAAAGAAGCAGCAGCAGGGGCCAAACAAAUCUCCCAAGAGGACAUCUCUGUCUUCAUCGCCAUUGCCACCCGUCCCGCCUCCUCCACCCCAGAACAAUCACUCCAACCUCUUCCUCUCAAGUGCCCUGCUGGGGCUCCCUGAACCCCAUCACCCAAAUGGAGUCAUCCAAAGCACCACUCAGGACGCACCUUUGGCCCUCAUCUCCAAACCUCGCAAAGACUCUGCCUCUCAAGGCAAGUCCCCUCAGCGUGACGCUGAUGCUGGGUCGAUGCCUGUCAAUCUGAGCACAGGGGCAAACAGGACCCAGGCAGCCGGCCAGGCUGGGCCUCCGUCACAGCCCCCCACUACCUCACCCCAUGCUACAACAGGCCAUGGAUCCAGAAAGAACAAGACCGCCAAGGGGAAGGGACAGACACCAGGGCUAGGACAGGGACAGGGACAGGGACAAGCAGACCCUUUAGCUGCCUGGAAGGGCUUCUCUCAGAACCAUCUGGUACAGUCUCUAGUAGAUCUGUUUCGAGGUGGAGAGUCUGGGAUUGGGAUUCCUGGAGUUAGUAUCCCUGGAGUUGGAAUUCCUGGAGUGGGGAUCCCUGGGACAUGUAACCCCACAGCUGGUCUCCCAGCCAACAAGGAAUCUGAUGACUCAGGAGAUGAUGAUGAUGAGGAGGAUGACGAUCUUGAGGAGGAAGAGGAUGAAGAGGACUCAGAUGAUAGUCUGUCAGAGUCUGACACCAACUCGGACAGUGACAUCUCUGGGAAGAAGGUGAAGGAGUUAAAGCUGCUGCCAUCUGGAUCAUCUAAGAAGGAGAUGACUCCCCACAGGCUAACCAAAGGCCCAGAACUACUGAACACCUCAACGAAUCACACCGCCACCAGCUGCUCACCACUCAACCUCCAGGUCAUCAAGACUCCCACCAUUGCCACCAGCUCCAGUGCCUUGGCCUAUCACAGCUCUCCAGGCUCUUCCUCCUGUAGUCUAGCCUCUCCGUUAGGUUUAGGAAAGCGGAAGAGGGUGAUGGAUGAGAAGGAGUUGAUGAUACCUCUGGAGUUAGGGUGGCGAAGGGAAACUAGAAUCAAAUCGGUGGCUGGACGGCCGCAGGGCGAGGUGGCCUACUAUGCCCCCUGUGGCAAGAAACUGAGGCAGUACCCAGAUGUGAUGAAGUAUCUAUCCAGAAAUGGAAUAAGUGGCAUCACGCGUGAUAAUUUUAGCUUCAGUGCAAAGAUAAGGGUUGGUGACUUCUAUGAAGCCAGAGAAGGACCCCAGGGUUUACAGUGGAGCCUGUUGAAGGAGGAGGAGGUCAUACCUCGUAUUUUGGCAAUGGAAGGUCGAAGGGGUCGUCCCCCAAAUUCGGAGCGCCAGUUAGCAGGCGAAGGUGCCAAAGGUAACCGACGAAGGAAGGGACGACCCCCUAAUGUAGGCGAUCCACUGGCGCCUGAGGGCCCUAGUCCCAGUCAGGUCAAACUUCUGCGCAAACUAGAGGCUCAAGAAAUAGCCCGUCAGGCGGCACAGAUGAAACUGAUGAGAAAACUGGAAAAGCAGGCGCUGGCACGUGCAGCCAAAGAAGCUCGGAAACAGCAAGCUAUCAUGGCAGCAGAGGAGAGAAGGAAGCAGAAGGAACAGAUCAAGAUUCUCAAGCAGCAGGAAAAGAUCAAGCGUAUUCAGCAAAUUCGGAUGGAGAAGGAACUCAGAGCGCAGCAAAUUUUGGAGGCCAAACGGAAAAAGAAGGAAGAAGCCGCCAACGCCAAAAUACUGGAGGCUGAAAAGCGUAUAAAGGAGAAAGAGUUGAGGAGACAGCAAGCGGAGAUGCUCAAACAACAGGAGUUGGAGAGGCAUAGACUAGAUAUGGUAUGGGAGAGGGAAAGGAGGAGGCAACAUGUAAUGCUGAUGAAGGCUGUUGAGGCUCGCAAGAAAGCAGAGGAGCGUGAACGCUUGCGGCAGGAGAAAAGGGAUGAGAAGCGUCUGAACAAAGAGCGUAAACUGGAGCAACGGAGGCUGGAGCUGGAGAUAGCGAGGGAACUGAAGAAACCAAAUGAAGAUAUGUGUCUGUCUGAUCAUAAGGCUCUCCCUGACUUCUCCAGGAUUCCCGGACUCAUCCUACCAGGACGUGCCGUGUCGGACUGCCUGAUGCUCAUGCAGUUCUUGCGAGGCUUUGGAAAGGUUUUGGGACUCGAUGUGAACACGGAUGUGCCCACGCUGGGAAUGCUACAGGAGGGCUUGCUUAAUGUGGGGGACAGCAUGGGCCAAGUUCAAGACCUUCUGGUCAAACUGCUUUCUCUGGCAGUCUGUGAUCCCGGUUUGCCGCCUGGACAAAAGACAAAAACCAUGCUGGGGGACCACCUGACUAACGUUGGCAUCAACAGAGAUAAUGUCUCCGAGGUGCUACAGAUGUACAUGGGAGCCCAUUGUGCAAAUACAGAUCUGGCUCCUUUGGCUCUCAGUUUGAAGACAAAGGCCUUUCAGGCUCACACACCUGCUCAGAAGGCCUCAAUUCUGGGGUUCUUGGCUAACGAGCUGGCCUGCAGCAAAGCUGUCAUCAGUGAGAUUGACAAGAACUUGGAUCAGAUGGCAAAUAUGAGGAAAGACAAGAUCAUUAUGGAGGGAAAACUGAAGAAGUUGAGAACCAUUUAUGCCAAACGAACUGGAAAGAGGGAAGCCAGCAUGGGUGUGGAAGAGAACCAGUCUGUUGGCACUCCAUCCUCAGCCACCAAACGCAAGAGGAAACUGGGUGGAGACAGCGAAGAUGACGACGACGACGACGAUGACAGUGACGACCAACCGGAGGAAGAGGAGGAAGAGGAGGAGGAAGAAAUAAAGAAGGUUAAAAAAGUGGAGACAUAUGAUGAGGAUGAAGUUGACCACGCUACCAGUGUCGAGGAACUGGAGAAGCAAAUAGAAAAAAUGGCCAAGCAACAUCAUCAAACCAGAAGAAAGCUGUUUGAGAUAUCCCAUUCCCUACGCUCCAUGAUGUAUGGACAGGAUCGGUACCGCCGCCGAUACUGGGUACUGCCCCACUGUGGAGGGGUCUUCAUUGAAGCCAUGGAGAGUGGAGAAGCUCCAGAGGAACUGGAGGAGGAGCGACAGAGGAGGAGGAGAGCAGCAGAGGAGGUCAAGGUCAAAGAAGAACCUCAAGAGAUUGAGUUGCAGAAGGAGAAACCCACCAACCUCGAUGGGCAGAGCGUUCGAACACAGGACUUGGAGCAACAGAAAGAGGAGGAGAAGGAACACGAGGGGAAGAAAAACUCCCCAACCCUCUUCUACCAGCAACCAGGCUGUGUAACCAAGCUGUGCGCUCUCAGAGAAGUCAGCAAGGACAUUGGUAAAGAAUCUGUGAAGGCAGAAGACAAGGAGAGUCCCCAUGUGAGACAGAAUGGCAGUCCCCUAGGCACUCCUGUUACAACCACUGUGUCAACGUCCUCCCCCACUCACAAUACCCUCGAGCCUGCAACGGCGGCAGCAACAGCUCCCUCCAUGGUGACCGCUAACGACACAACAAACAUCCCUCCCCUGGCUUCAUCCUCUUUAUCUGCCCCGUGCCUGCCAGCUGCACGUGAAAGCCCAGGGAACACUCCUCCAACCUCAUCCCCGGCUCCAUCGCCACACCUUGCAUUCCAAGCGAACGACCAGCUGCUCAGAGUGCUAACAGAAAGGAGUGGGCACUGGUUCAGUCUGCUCCCUCGCAACCCUUGCGACCUCUCCUCCCUCACCACAACACCAUCAGGAGUGCCUCGUGUGUCUCCUCAGGCAUCCUCCACCCCAGCCAGACCCAGAUCCCCACCUCCAUCCCCUGCUCUCCCUCUCACCCCUUCUGCUGCCUCAGCCUCUGCCAGCCCACACCACCCAACUGGCAUCCUCAGCUACCCACUAUCCACCCUGCAGGUGAAGUCAGGUGGCUCUUUGCUAGGAGUUUCCUUCGCAAGCUGGCCCAGUGGAAUGAUAAGUCCCAGCCUGCCUCUGUGCAGCAGCCCUAGCCCCAUGCCAGGUCACUCUGUAGAGGGCAACACAGCAGCAAGUGUCUCCAGUAAAAGUGAAUCGCCUUUACCUCGCAUUGAGAAAACUUGCUCUAUGCCCUCUCCCGCCUUGGAGAUGCCCAAAUCCCUCGACCACGCCAUGCCACGACCCAUUCCGGAAGAGAUGCUGACAGGUUGGUGGCGGGUGUCUGACAUCGAAGAGCUCAGGGCUCUCGUCAAUGCUCUCCACAGCCGAGGAAUCAGAGAGAAGGCCCUCCAGAGACAAAUGCAGAAAUACAUGGAGAUCAUACCCCAGGUCUGCACCAAACACAGAGACGUGGCCAUGAUUGAGCUCCAUGAGUUGGAGGAGAGCCAGGUCAGUGUGGAGUCGGUGCGGGGCUGGUGUGUUGAGGAGCAAGCAAUGGAAAUGGACAUCGCUAUACUGCAGCAGGUUGAGGAACUGGAGAGGAAGGUCACCGCAGCCAGCCUGCAGGUUAAGGGCUGGACGUACCCGGACCCUCAGUCUGAGCGUGAGGACCUGGUGUACUACGAGCACAAGCCCCUGACCAAAUCCACGGCAUCGGCGACAAACACGGGAGACAAGGAAUCCAAGGAGCAUCUGGAGGAGCGGGGAGAGAAGGGCGGGGUGAUGCGUCACCCGGACAACCCGCUGGACAUUGCAGUGACACGUCUGGCUGAUCUGGAGCGCAACAUCGAGAGAAGGUACCUGAGGAGCCCCUUAGGUACCACCAUUCAGAUCAGGCUGGAUAAUGUGGGUACGGUCACUGUCCCUGCCCCCGCCCCAUCUACUAGUGCUGACAGGGAAGGCAGCGAGGAGGAGGUGGCCCACGGUAUGAAAGUGUGGAGGAAGGCCCUGAGCGAAGUGCGUAGCGCCGCCCAGCUGGCCAUGUGUAUCCAGCAACUGCAGAAGUCCAUUGCCUGGGAGAGGUCCAUAAUGAAAGUGUACUGUCAGAUGUGCAAGAAGGGGGAUAAUGAGGACCUCCUCCUGCUGUGUGAUGGCUGUGACAAAGGCUGCCACACUUACUGUCACAAACCCAAGAUCACCAGCAUCCCAGAAGGAGACUGGUACUGCCCAGCCUGCAUAUCCAAGGCAAGUGGCCCAUCCCCCAAAAGCAAAAAGCCUCCAGCCAAACCAGUAGCAUCUAGUGGGGGGAGUAGCAAGAAGGGCGGAGAGGCGAAGAAGAAUGGAAAGCAGGCCGGUAACGGGGAAGUGUCAGAGGAUGACUCGGCAAGUGCCAGCAGUACGCCCAAAAAAGGAGCAAAAGACACCAGCAGGAAGAGGAAAAUGGAGGAGAGUUCACCUGCUCUAACGGCAUCCAAUCAGGAGAGCCCUGGGUGUGUGAAGCGAGCCAAGACGGCUCGAGACAACAACAGGGACCUGGGAUUAUGCAGAGUACUCCUUGCUGAGUUGGAGCGGCAUCAGGAUGCAUGGCCUUUUCUCACACCUGUCAACCUGAAAUCGGUGCCCGGCUACAGGAAGGUCAUCAAGAAACCGAUGGACUUCUCCACCAUACGUGAGAAGCUUGUGAGCAGCCAGUAUCAAAACCUGGAGACGUUCAUCAUCGAUGUCAACUUGGUCUUUGAUAACUGUGAAAAAUUCAAUGAAGACAAUUCAGACAUUGGUCGAGCUGGUCAUAACAUGAGGAAGUUCUUUGAGAAGCGCUGGACUGAGCUUCUGAAACAAACAAACUAAAACAAAAAAAAAUAACACUUAAGAUUUAAAAAAAAAAAAGUCUGUUCAGACUCUUCCCCAAUACACCCAUUCAACUUUUCGUACUGGAGCACCAGGUGUUACUUUUUAUUUUGUGAUGGAGAACAUGGCUUUGCAGGAUGGUAGAAGAAGCAGAAGAAGAAGCCGACUCCUUAAUAAGGAACCUGUGGUGUGCUUAGGAAAGGUGUCACCUUGAAAAAUAAAAAGUUGUUUAGGUGCGCUGGAUUUAUUACAACAGGGAUAAAAGCCCCAAAGAGUCCCAGAGAAAUGGGGUGUCAUAGUGCAAUACCAUUCCCUGUCUCAGAACACUGCACUGAAUGAAUCCUCAAAAAUGUCACUGAUGUGUCUGCGCUAGAAUACUUUCCACUACUUGUAAAUAGUCUUUUUUUUUGUUUAUUUGGGUUUUUUUGUUCGUUUGUUAUUUAAUCGUAUUAUAGUGAAUGUAUUUAAUUUUGUAAUAAUUAUUUAUGAAUCAAGGUCCACUUCAUUUUCUAUGAAAAAGGAGGAAUCAGCCGAACUGCUUUGACUUCUGAAAAGGAAUGUGUUAUUGUGUUAUAAUUUUUUUUCUUUCUCUCUCUCCCAAAUAUCAAACGAAGCCAAGACAAAAAAAAAAAAGAAAAGAAAAAAAAGAAAAAAAAGAGCUGUUUACACUGUUCAGUGCUUUGGGGCAUCGGAGGACUGUAUUCAAUUGUUCGAUCUGUAAAACUGCAUUUAUUUACAGUAACUGCAGAGGAACAGUUAGGCUAUGGUGAUUCAUGUGUAUAUACUGUUUAUUAAUGUCUAUAUUAUGUCUUGUUUGGAACAAUGUGUAAAAAUUGUUUAAGAAUAUUAAGAUAUUGUUUAUGCCUUAGAAUGAUUGUAGCAUUCUAUUUUAGUGAACGUGAUGAAAACAUUAUCAUAAAUAUUGUUUGUACAGUAUAUACAUAUCCUCUGCAAACACUGUGGUAUCCUUAAUCUUGGUAGUGCCUACCCUUCCAACAGGGGCAUGUAGGGGAUGUUAUCGUUUUUAGUUUUCAUUCUUUAUGAUAAUUAUUUUUUUAUAUGAUUUCAAUCCAACAAGGCCUCCAAAGUUGGACAGUGACACAGAAAUCAUUCCUCCCCAUAAAUAAUAAUAACUAAAAAGAGAAAAAAAAAGGAACAACAAGCAUUCAGUUAUGCUUCCAUGAUACAUUUCCUCACAAUCUGCCACAAUACAAGGACCUAAGGCCAUUUUUAACCACUGUGUUGAACCUUGCUGUGUGUUGUGGCCUGAUGGAGGCAGCUAGAUUUUUUUGUACCCAAGUCAAAAGUACUUGAAGUUACUUUAUUUAAGAUAUUGUGGAAUAAAAGUAUCAUUCUUUUGUAGGAGCUUUAUUUUUCACUAGUGUGUGGCACGGACCUAUUAAAAGGAUGUUUUUCAACGUAA